UCCAGAAGGACUUAUGUUGACAUUCAGAACAUCCCAUGCUGUAAACACAACUUUGUGGAUGACUUUGUUGAUGUCAGCAAAUAUCACCCUGCAAGUUGACUCAGCAGAUGAGUCAAGCAUAAUAAAGCUUACAGAAGACUCUGCCAUAGCUUCAACAGUGCGUCCCAAUGUGACCGCCCCACCACCCUCGGUUGUAUAUACUGUCAAUAAAGCAGUCUUUGCCAUGGCAGGAGAGGUAUACCGAGCUUUUGUGUCCACUACAGGAAGAGCCAAUUAUACCCUCAUUAGGUAUAAGACGAAUCCCAGCCACUCAACCAAUGUGUCCAUCCGUACUGUUCCUGCUGGAGCAGCUGUAGAUGUCACAGAACUCGAAACAUCUGAUACAUUGACAAUGACAUUCAAGACAUCACCUCCAACUGACUCUGAAGUAUUUGUGACUGUCAUGGAAGGAGGUGUGAUUACUUUUAGGGUUGAUACCACUGAUCCUUCUGCUGUUGUCACCUUUACUAAAUUCACUGGAGUUGAUCCAACUGUACCACUGACAACAGAAUCCACAGUGAUUUCUGGAAGCUCAUCUGUCAGAAUGACGCAGUCACCUACAAUGCAGUCAGCGAUGACACAAUCUACUGUUUCCAGCAGUUCGUCUGUCAGCAUGGUACAGUCACCCACAAUGCAGCCAGUGACGACAGAAUCCACAAUGAUUUCUGGUGGUUCAUCGGUCAGCAUGACAGAGUCUUCCUCGAUGCAUCCGAAGACGAUGCAAUCCACAAUUUCUGGCAGCUCAUCUGUCAGCAUGACGCAAUCACCCACAAUGCAGUCAGUGACGAGAGAAUCCACAAUGGUUUCUGGCAGCUCAUCGGUUAGUAUGACACAGUCACCUUCAAUGCAACCAAGCACCCCACAGGUUGUAGAAACCACAGUUCGGGCCUUGUCCACCCAAGGGCCUACAGUUGUUAGGGCCUUUGCCUCAACAAGAAGUCCAGCCAACUAUACCUUGAUCGUAUACACGAGAGACCCAGAACAGACUGUAAAUGUGAGCAUGGUGACAAAUCCUGCUGGUCUUGCAUAUGACAUGGAAGGUGUCAUAAAUGUUGAUCCAGAAUCACUCACUGUGACAUUUAAAACCUUAGAUGCUGUUGACACAACUGUGAUUGUCAGCCUGUUAGAGUCUGCAAAUGUAACCUUUCAAGUUGACACAGCCGAUUCAUCUAGUGUUGUUACAUUGGCAGUUGACUUGGAUAUGACAACAGUCCAGCCAUCUGCUUCAACAUCAACAGUGUCUACAGAGCCAAGUAUCCCUUCCCAGCCCAUGACAAGCUCACAAACCAUGUAUGCUACCAAUCAAAUGACAUCCCAGCAAACCUUUACAGGUUCAACAGUAACUGCCGAAACCAGUGUGUCUAGCUCGCAAACCAAGCAUACAACAGAACAGAUGAUAUCCAAACAUACCUCUGUGGAGGCAACAAUGUCUGCAGAAACAAGUUCUUCCUCAGAGCCUGUGGUGACGUCACACACUAUGCUUCCCUCUGAUAAAAUGACCUCUCAAGUUUCUACAGGAGUGACAAUGUCAAGUCAGCCAGUGGUGUCAAGCACCCCACAGGUCGUAGAAACCACAGUUCGGGCCUUGUCUACCCAAGGGCCUACAGUUAUUAGGGCCUUUGCCUCAACAAGAACUCCAGCCAACUAUACCCUGAUCAUAUACACAAGAGACCCAGAACAGACUGUUAAUGUGAGCAUGGUGACAAAUCCUGCAGGUCUUGCAUAUGACAUGGAAGGUGUCAUAAAUGUUGAUCCAGAAUCACUCACUAUGACAUUUAAGACCUCAGAUGCUGUUGACACAACUGUGAUUGUCACCUUGUUAGAGUCUGCAAACGUAACCUUUCAAGUUGACACAGCUGAUUCAUCUAGUGUUGUUACAUUGGCAGUUGACUUGGAUAUGACAACAGUACAGCCAUCUGCUUCAAUGUCAACAGUGUCUACAGAGUCAAGUGUCCCUUCCCAGCGCAUGACAAGCUCACAAACCAUGUAUGCUACAAAUCAAAUGACAUCCCGGCAAACCUUUACAGAUUCAACAUUAACUACAGAACCCACUAUGUCUAGCUCACAAACGAUGCAAGUAACAGAACAGAUGAUAUCUAAACAUACCUCUGUGGAGGCAACAAUGUCUGCAGAACUAAGUUCUUCCUCUGAGCCUGUGGUUACGUCACACACUAUGCUUCCCUCUGAUAAAGUGACCACUCAAGUUUCCACGGGAGUGACAAUGUCAAGUCAGCCAGUGGUGUCAAGCACCCCACAGGUUGUAGAAACCACAGUUCGGGCUUUGUCCACCCAAGGGCCUUCAGUUGUAAAGGCUUUUGCCUCAACAAGAACUCCAGCCAACUAUACCCUGAUCAUAUACACAAGAGACCCAGAACAGACUGUUAAUGUGAGCAUGGUGACAAAUCCUGCAGGUCUUGCAUAUGACAUGGAAGGUGUCAUAAAUGUUGAUCCAGAAUCACUCACUAUGACAUUUAAGACCUCAGAUGCUGUUGACACAACUGUGAUUGUCAGCCUGUUAGAGUCUGCAAACGUAACCUUUCAAGUUGACACAGCUGACCCAUCUGUUGUUGAACUUGCAGCAGAUGAUGGUACUGGGUCUACACUGCAACCUGUAACCUCAGUGGCUGCUACAGUGCCACCUGAACAAGUUACAUCAUCCAAACCAGUGAUGACAUCACAAACUUCAAGUGCCACAGACGAGAUGACAUCCCAAAACAUGGUAUCAACAAUGUCUUCCCGACCAGUUUCAUCAACCCAGUCUACUGUGACACUAGUUUCAGGGAUUAUGAUGACACCCACACAAGGGGUAGAAACUGUUGCGAAAACGUUGAGCACACAGGGAAGUGCCAUAGUUAUGGCCUCAGUCUUAGCAGCUAGACCUGCCAAUUACACCUUGGUCAUUUACACCGGAGACCCACAACAGUCUACAAAUAUUACCAUCAUGACUGUGCCUGCAGGAGCUGCUUUUGAUUUUAUGCGUCACACAAGUGAUGAUCCGGAAGUAAUUACAUUGACAUUUAGAACAUCAGAGGCUGUAGACACAAAUUUGAUCAUCCGUUUACUGGACUCAGCGAAUAUAUCACUGCAAGUUGAAACCUCAGAUCAGUCAAGUCUAGUUGUACUUGCAGAAGAUACUUUCAUGACAUCUAUGCGUCCAACAGUCUCAACACAAAUGACAACACCCCCAGAUGUUGUUCAAAGCUUCAGAAGGAGUUUGAGAACACAAGGCAGCACUACUGUUACUGCAUUUGCCUCAACUAGAAAACCUGCAAAUUAUACUCUACUUGUGUACAUACCCAACCCUGCAGAAACUGUCAACAUAAGCAUAGGAACUGAUCCAACUGAUCUUGCGUACGAUAUCAGAAACUUCACAGGUGCAGACUCCAAUUCAUUGUUGCUGACUUUCAAGACGUCAGAAAAAGUCGACACUGAAGUAACUAUACAGCUACUUGAAUCGGCAAACAUUUCCUUCCAGGUAAGCACAGCUGAUCAGUCAACAGUCCUUGAGCUCUCAGAAGGCAGAGGUAUUGUCUCUACAGUCCAACCAGUGGACUCAACAGAAGUGUCCACAGAACCAAGUGUUCAGACAUUCACAGGAACAUUCAAUGCCUCAGGCAAUGUGACUAUUCAAGCUUGUGUCUCAUCCACAGAGCCAGCUAAUUAUAAACUCCUGGUGUACACCAGAAACCCCUCAUUGACGGUAUGCGUAACGCUUAAGACACAACCUUCAGAUGUUGCCUGCCAUCUACAGAUAAAAAGGAGUGAUGACCCAGAACUUCUUUCUGUCAUUCUCAAAUGCUUUGGAGGAGUGAAGGCUACUUUUACCAUCACAGUCCAGGAAUCAGCUAACAUCACCCUUUCUGCGGAAACAGCAGAUCCGUCUACAACUAUAGAAUUUACUGAUCUCAAUGCUCUUAGCUCUACAAUGCAGCCAAUGACUUCAGGUGCAAUAUCGACACCAAUCUCUCCAACUGAGCCUAUGAUGACUUCGGAAACCAUCUAUCCCACUGCUCAGAUGACAACCAAAUUACCAGUUACGGAAACUUUCAGCAGGUUAUUGACUACCAAUGGAAGCACCACAGUAAAAGCCUCUGUAUCUACUCAGAGUUCUGCAACUUACAUGCUGGUCAUUUACACCAAUAACCCUAGUCAAACGGCUAAUGUAAGCUUGACAACCAGUCCUAGGAAUGCUUCCUUUGAUGAACUUCGUCAAAUAAGUAAUAACCCUGCAGCCUUGACAGUGACAUUUAAAACUUCAGAUGCAGUCAAUACAACCAUUGUCAUGAAUUUGGUGGAAUCAGCCUACAUCUCGCUGCAGGUUGACACAGCUGAUCUGUCCACUGUAGUUACGCUUGAAGAAGACACACAGUUCUUGCCAACUAUGGAGCCAUCAGCCUCUACUCCGAUGCCUACUAGACCACUUGUUGAGAACAUCACAAGAUUUCUAAGUACCGAAGGUGGUGCUGUUGUCAGACUUUUUGCAUCAGUAAAGCAGCCAUCAAAUUAUUCUGUGCUGAUUGUGUCAACAAGCCCUGCUGAGACUGUGAAUAUAACCGUGGAGUCAGAACCUGCUGGUGCAGCAGUUAAUGUUAGAUAUCUAUUUGUUGAUGAUCCAGAGGGAUUGGCUGUGUCAUUCCAAACACUUGCCGCUGCUAAUACAACCUUAAUCAUCAGGACAUUGGAAUCCUCAGACAUUCAUGUGAAAGUUGACACAACAGAUGGAUCCAGUAUUGUUGAGCUUAUGGAACACACUGCAUCAACAAUGCAGCCAACACCAAUGGUUGUACAGAGCUUUACUAGAUCUCUGAGGACCCAAGGAAGCACUAAUGUCAAAGCCUUUGUUUCGACAAGUAGUCCAGCCAAUUAUACAUUGGUCAUUUACAUCAGAAACCCGGAACGGACUGCUAAUGUCAGUCUUGUGACAGUACCUUCUGGAGUUGCCUUUGACGUAAUGAGUCGUUUUGGUGUUGAUCCGGAAGCACUAAUAAUGACAUUCAGAACAUCAGAAGCUGUUGAUGCCGAGUUCAUAAUUAGCUUGUUGGAAUCAGCAAAUAUCUCAUUUCAGGUGGAUACAGCAGACCAAGCAAGUUCAGUGGUACUGGAGGAAGACGCUGGUACUCUUUCAACGAUGCAGCCUUCUUCCUCAACCACUGGACCAAUGGUUGUAAUAAGCUAUCUAAGGACUUUGGCUACUCACAGUAGUGCUGUUGUUAGAGGCCUAGUUUCAACAGCUAGUCCUACCAAUUACACUCUUAUCAUAUAUACAAGAAAUCCAAGUCAAACAGUCAAUGUCAGCCUUGUCUCGGUACCAGCUGGAGCUGUUUUUGAUAUAAUGCCACUCAUCACAGUUAAUCCAGAGGCACUCAUUACAGCCUUCAAAACAUCAGUAGCUGUUGACAUAGAUUUGAUCAUCAGCUUGUACGAAUCCGCAAACAUCAGCUUAAGAGUUGACACAGCAGAUAAGUCUGGUGUUGUAGUACUUACAGAAGACUCUGUGGUAUCAUCAACAAUGCAACCAAGUGUCUCUUCUCCAAUGCCUACUAGGCCAGUUGUGGAGAGCCUGAUUAGAUCACUGACCACUGAAGGAAGCUCUACUGUUAUGGCGACAGUCUCAACAAGUAGUCCUGCAAACUAUACACUGAUUGUCUACACAGACAAUGCUGAACAAAAUACAAACCUCAGUCUGCAAACUAUGCCACGUGAUGCUGCCUUUGAUAAUCUAGUAUUCACCAAGGAUGACAAUCAGGCAGUAGCAAUGUUCUUUAAGACCUCAGAAGCAGUCAACGUGACAAUUCUCAUCACUGUCAAUGGUCCAGCCAACAUCAGUCUGCAGGUGGAUACAGCUGAUCUUUCCAGUAGGGCAUCUCUCAUCGAAUUGAUGGAUAUUGGAACAACCACUUCCCCAAUGCUUCCAACCACUCCUUCUGCACUUCCAUCUACACCUGUUACUCAAUCUCCUAAUACACCUGUCACACUGGGUACCACCAGAGGGGGUCUCGUCGAAGCUUACACCUCCACCAGGAGCCCAGCCAACUUUUCCCUGUUUGUGUUCACGGAGAAUCCAGAAAGUGUCAUCCUGAAUGUCGAAACACAACCUGGUAACCUUCAGUCCAACUUGAGAACUUUCAUCGGAGCUGGUGAACGAUCCCUGGCAAUACUGUUUACAGUCCUAGAACCAGCCAAUACAACGGUCAGAAUCACCCUUGUGGAUGCUGCUAACAUUUCUCUUCAGGUUGAUACCACUGGCAAUUUCAUCAGCCGGCUUGAGGAGGUUGUUAGUGAUGUUACAACAGAGCAUAUGGUUGGGCCAACAACAGGAAUCGCAUCGACAGUCUCUCCUGGAGUGGAGAUGGUUACACUUGUCAGAGAGUUGAGGACGAGUGGACGUGGAACUUUCCAGGCCAUGGCUUUGACAAGUGGUCCGGGGAAUUACUCCAUGGUCAUUUAUGUUUCCAACCCUGCUCAAAAUGCUCAAGCCACAGUUGUCACCGAUCCCCAGGGUGCAGCACAGAAUUUCCGUGUCUCGGCCUUGACGGAUCCAGAGGCAUUUUCACUGCAGUUUACAACGUCUGUAGCAUCAACUACCACCAUCUCCAUUACCUUGCUUGCCUCUGCAAAUAUCUCCUUCACUGUUCAGACUUUGGGUUUGUCGAGCUCAGCAGAGAUUUUGGACAUCUCACAGCCAACCAUCACAACAACAACAGUAGCUCCAACUACAGGGCCCACGACUGGCCCAACUAGUAUGCCUACAGACCCAGACACAUCCUCUCCACUGACUGUCUUUGUCAGAAAUUUGACCACGACUGGGCCAGCUGUGGUUCUGGCUACAGCUUCUUCUGUUGGACCAGCAUACUUUGAACUUAACCUGUUCAUCCCAAAUCCAAGGGAGACAUCAGGAAUUGGCAUUCUGACGGAUCCACAGGGUCUUGCUACCGAUAUAACUCUCAACUCUAACAACCAAGACUUAUUGACCAUAAUAUUCCGAAUUCCCACAGGUGCCUUUACAAUGAUUUCUGCACCCCUGACACAGGCUGCAAAUGUUUCCUUUAGGGUUGAAACAACGGAUCCUUUGGCUGUGGUUCAACUUCGUGACAACUCUGAGGUAGUUGUGACUCCAGUCACUACUCAAGCUCCUGUCACAACAGCCCCGACCACUCAGUCGACAUCCACAUCUGGCCCCAUAGCAAUUACAAAAAUGCUCAGCGUGCCUACAGAUGUUUCUGUUCAGGCUUUUGCCUCCCUUGACAGACCUGCAAACAUCUCCUUUGUCAUUUACACAAUGAAUCCAGCCCAGGUAUCAGGGAUUAAUGUGUUUACCAAUCCCCAGGGAGUUGCCAGGAAUUUUGCAGUAGAUAUCUUGCAAGACCCAGAAAGAUAUGUCUUGAGUUUCAUGACUUUGGCGGCUGGUAGUGCAACUCUCUCUUUGCAUACAAUAGAACCAGCAAAUAUUUCCUUCAACGUUGCUUUGGAGACUCAAGGAAGCUCCUCCAAUCAAGUAGAUCUUUUCGUCGUUGGUGCUCCAACAAUGCCUCCAACCACCUCUUCAACCCCGGCUGUCUUGACCAACACUACUCAGUCUGUUCAAGUCCUGGGACCUUCCCGCACAUCUCUGCUCAUCAGUGCCAGAUCUGCAGCCUCUGUUUUGGUAGAUGUCAAUGGCCUAGCUGAGUUUGAGAUCAGAUCAUCCCAAGAAGGCACAGUACAGCUCCAACAAUCAGUAUCCUCACAGCUUGGCUCCUUUGUGCAUCUUGUCAUACUCAGUCCCGUCAAUGUCACAGUGACGGUCACUACACAGGAAGAUGUGGAGAUUGUCGCCACGGUGAUGAGUGCAGAGCCAGAUGCGGCUCUGGUUACCAUAUUAACUGGUACUCUGACAACAACACCACCUACUGAACCUCCCAUUUCAACAACAACUGGUAUACCAGGAGGGACCUUAACUGUUGUGAGAACCUUACAGACUUAUAGUGCUAACACAACUCUUCUGGCAACUGCGUCAACCAUCAAGCCUGCAAAUUUCACCCUGGAAAUUUUCAUUCCCGACCCGGCCAGAAGCGUCGACACAAAUGUGCAGACUGUUCCCAGUGGCCAAGCAACUGACUUUGACGUCUCCAUCAGUGACAGUCCAGACAAGAUAAAGAUUGGGUUUAAGAUUCUAGAAGCCUCUGAAACCACCGUGCUGAUUAUGUUAAGUGAACCAGCUAAUAUCUCCUUCACUGUGACCAAUGUUGAUGCGGCUGAGGCGGUGAGUCUCAUUAACCCAUCAGAAGUCCAAGUGACACCAGAAACACAACAGGUCACAAAUUUUUCCAGAUCUCUCAUCACAAGAGGUGCUUCCACGUCGUUAGUCUUAGUCCAGACAGUCGUGCCGUCUGUGAUUUACCUCACUAUCAAUGGCUCAGCAGAAGUCAGUCUGGCUUCUGAGCCUCUAGGAUCCGUUCAGACAGAGACACUGCACGUGCUGGGGUCCAACAUCCUAAAACUCACCACUACCGUCUCUGCAAAUGUCACUCUCUUUGUGACGACAAGCCAAGCAGUGCUGAUCGAGACAGUCGUGGAGUCUGUCAAUUCUGGGUCAGCUUUGAUCCUGAUCCAAGAAGAGAUUGGUCCCACCAACCAACCGCCCUUGACUACAGUUGUAAUGACAACUCCACAGACCCCAACCAGAACCAGAGGGAAUCCUUCCAUCACUGGAGUGACUGAGGUCCUCAAUAACCAGUCCACGGUCUUCUGGAAUUUCGACCGUGAGGACGAACGAUUCAUACAGGGUUUCAUUCUGCAGUACCGCGAGUCCCAUGUGAGUGUCUACACCAAUACUUCUCUCAUCCCGGCGUCGGAACGUAACUACACACUAACUAACUUGAAGCCAGGAACACUCUACUUGCUUCGUUUGCUUGCCAUCGACAGAGAUGCUAACCCUGCUGCAGCAUCCUUCCAGAAACCUGUCAUGACUUUGUCCAGAGAUAUUAUGGAUCCAGUGCCAGUCACAGAUCAGAGGUCAAAGCCCAAGAUGGAUUCUUUCCAUUGGAUUCUGAUCAGUUCAGCUGCUUUGGUCAUCCUUCUCCUCACCAUUGUCAUCGUUGGCAUCCUGAUCUUCACAAGAAAAAAGCCCAAGAGAAAGCCUAGUGGUGCAGAUGACCAGACCAAGGAGGAACAUAGAGUAUAAAAGGUGUGGAUUCAAGUUUCACUCUCUGCCAGGUUGUAAAGAUUACAGUUCGGACAACAGCUCAAGCAUCGUAUUGUCAAUUUGAUAAAGAUGACACUGUCAAAUAUACUUCAAUAUGUAUACAUCUAUUAUGUAACAACAGCUGCAUUAUUUAGGUGCUGGACUUUACUUUGUUUUCCCCCUUUUUAAACGUUUUUAAAAAUCACUUCAACAGGAAUACAUGAAUUGUAUUUUUUUAUCUGAAUGGAACUUUUCUUUGUAAAUUUUGUACCCGUCAAACCAUGUAUAAGACAUUUUAGUGAGGAUUUUUCUUGAUUUUAACAAGCAGAGUAGCAUUACUUUGAUAGCAAUGUGGAUUAAACAGUAGGCCUAUUUCAGUUUUUAGCCAGAGUGAAGGAAAAGAGUGUAAUAGUGAGUUAGAAUAGUCAAACAUUGAGGUCUGUGAAUGGUUAUGGACCUGUUCAAUGAUAGCGGACAAAACAGGCAUUUAUGACUCACAUUGGAAGUUUGGUUUGAUUGAGGGAAAGUUUGUGUACCAAACGUGUUCAUCCUGUCAGUAGGUAGUGUAGUUCUUGAUUAGUUAGAGUACAAAGGGUCUUUAGGUUAAGGGGAUUUGUAUUGUUCUGAUGGUCAGGAUAAAUGGUGCUUUAUAGAGAAUGUCUUGAUGGACAUUGUCAUUAUGUUGAAGUUAUUGUAUGAUGUGUGUAUCACUGUACCCAGAUGUCAUUAAUGUACAUUUGUAAUUUUACAUUUUAAUCAUAAUGGAUUUGAAUUAAAAUGCCUCGGACGUUUUAAACCUGUAUUUUAUCCAUUCAGAUAGGGCAGUAAUAUGUCAUUUGUUUUUAUCAAAACUUACAAAUGGAUUUUAGCUGUUUUCAUUGUAAUACGAAUAACCUCAUCUUUUUUUAAUUAAACAAAGGAACGCUUGAAAAUUUGCAUAAGGUUAAAAUCAUUAUUUUGACCAACACGGCUUCUUCAAAUAAAACAGAACACUUUGCAAAGGGUAAAAAUUAUAUUUUUUCUUGAACUAAAAUUCAACAGCGGUUUGUCUUGUUUUAAGCAAAACUAGCAUAUUGAUUUUUCCAGCCAAAACUUACAAUGGUUAACUGUAUCAAAAUGAAAAUAAUUGUGUUACGUGUGUGCAAACACUGAACAUGUUUACUACGUGUUCAUUUAAAUCAUUAUUUAUUGAAAAGGGUUUGCAAGAAUAACCUCAUCUGUUACAACAUGAGACUGCAUUCACAGGACAAACUAAAGGUGUUUGUAAGUAGGUGUAUUUGCAUCAACUUACAGUAUAAAGAUUCUUGAACAGUGUUGAA